CUUGUUUUCCCCAUAAUUGUUACAAUCAGGAUAACACGAUAGCCUGUGCCUGCCCUCCGUCGUGCCAUGACGCCACGAUGAGCAGCUGUGGCGUGACGCCACAAUACCUGUGAUUAUAGCGAGACGCCUAUCCAUGUCUACUCAGUUUUUGCGGUAAGGCCGCUUGCUUUAAUAUACUUGUUAAAUUUGUUUUCGAUAAGCUUGGCUGGAUUCUGCCUGUGGAAAGUUCUUGUCUGUGUGUCGCCCCAAGCUCAUGAGCCUCUUUGCGAGGUGUGAGGUGCAGCAGAAGCCACGUCCUGACACGUUGUGGGGCAUCCGCUUGCCUGCCGGCCAAACCCAGCUUCGGCGAUAGAAAAUACACUUUAAUGCUGUCGCUCUGCAGCACCCAGCUGGGCAUUGCGAUCUUGGUAAGCCUCACCUCGCUCGUAUGUCUGGUUCACUACCUUCGUCAGAGGAGGAAGCGGUUGAUGGUAGUCAUACCGAGGAAACUGAAGGCGCUGUGCGGUGAGUCAGAAAUGUUGGAAAGAAAUGAGCUAUCUCUCUGCCGUCCUGCUCAUGUCCCUAUGAGUACAUGUUUACAGCCAAAAAAUGCAAAGCUGUCAUCAAAACCAAAUCAAGGAAGUAGUGGAGCCCUGAAAACUGGCAACAUGGUGGAGAAGGGUCUUUCUGCUAAACUUCAGCCAGAAGGUAAAGAGAGACAGCAGGAAGUACUAGAACUGGAUAUGAAGCAAUUGAUGAUUGAAGAGGAUACUAUUGAUCGAUUAGAACUGAACUUAAAGCACAAAGUUAUUACCUAUUUCUGGGGAAUAACAACACCCUUUGAAGAAUCAAUCAUGUUGAUGAUUCCUAAGUCACCACCUGACCCUCCAGCAAGUGGAGCUCAAAUAGAACAUGUGGUUAGAGAAAUAACUUUCAUUGACAGUGAAAUAAAACAGAGACUAGAAUGGCACAUUAUAUGGAAGAAGCUUCAACACAACUGGGACUAUCCAGUUCCUAUUCAAAUAUCACAAGAAACAUUUAUACCAACAGCACCAAACUUAAUUGAAUUUCAGCUGAAAAUCCGGCUUGGUCUUGCCAUAGUCCAUGUUCCAGCAGAGCCGGUCUUUCUGCCUGAUGGGCACCUGGAAAUACAAGAACUGCAUAUCAAGAAAAGCAAUAAAAAUUGCAAACUGGGUCUUCCCAAGUCCACUCAGUUAUCUGUCAGCCAUUUUAUACCAGCAGACCUUCAAAGGACAGGUAUUAUAAUACAGCCACAAAAGCAAUCAAUGUCUGCUAUCACUGUUUCUCCAAAAUGUAAGGAUAAGAUGAAAUCAUGUUCAAAGAAGCAGUGUCAUAAUAUCAACAUGUUGUAUCGUUUGCCAGAUAUAGUGCCUAAAUUCUGUAUCCGAAUUUAUCACAGCUGUAUUCCAAGCAAGGUGCUGCUGUUCCUUCUGAAACUGCAUUUCUUAGUGAUGAAGGUAUAG